UAGAGGAGGAGAGAGGAAGGCAGUGCUCCACUUGUGAGGAGUGAAGUUGAAGACUCUCUUCUUCCAACAGCUUGUCUCUUUAUAAAGCAAGCUCCUCCCUUUGGUUGUCUCUCCCCCUGUGCCUUCCCUCUCUCUUUUACGGCUUCGGGUUUAAUGGCUUCUCCUCUCCUCUUCUCCACCACCACCUCCUCCUCUUGAGCUCUGCCCCUGUUCUUUCUUUCUUGGUGUCGAUAGAAUAGAUUAAGUAAUGGAGUUCGACCUUGAGAACCCGCUCAUGAUCUCCGACGAGGAACAGGACUGCUUCUCCGACUCGAUCGCGGCGCUCUUCGCCGUGGAGUCCGAUCACAUGAGCCCCCUGGCCGGCGGCCACCUCGAUCUCUCCGCCCGCCGUGACGCUGUCUCCCUAAUCCUCCAGGCCCAGUUUGGCUGCAAUCUGGAUCCAUUUGUGGCCUACCUUGCCGUCAACUACGUCGAUCGCUUCCUCUCUAAGCGAGAAAUCCCGAGCGAAAAGCCCUGGAUCGUGCGGCUCCUCUCCAUCUCCUGCCUCUCCCUCGCCUCCAAGAUGACGAAGACCGACUUCAACGUCACAGAUUUCCAGAGAGAGGAAGGAUUCAUAUUCGACUCCCAGACGAUUCGGCGGAUGGAGCUUAUAAUUCUUGGGGCGUUGGACUGGCGGAUGCGAUCCAUCACCCCCUUCGCAUUCCUCCGCUUCUUCCUCUCCUUCUUCUCGCCCGCCCAGGCCCCUCUCCUCCACGCCCUUAAGGCCCGCACCUCCCAAACCCUCUUCAAAGCCCAGACUGAGAUCAAGAUGCUAGAGUUCAAGCCGUCGGUGAUUGCCGCGGCGGCGCUCCUCUCCGCCGCCCACGAGCUCCUCCCCAUCCAAUUCGCCUCCUUCCGCUCCGCCAUUUCCUCAUGUGAAUCUGUAAAUAAGGAGAGGUUGUGGGACUGCUGCGACGCGAUUGGAGACGCGGCGAUGGACGGCUGCGAUUCGACGUUUGAGAUGGUGUCGAACUCCAACACUCCGAUGACCGUGCUCGGCCGCCACUGCUCCAGCUCCGAGAGCGAUAGGACCGUCGGAUCCUCAUCCAAUGAACGCGAUCUCAAGAAGCGUCGCAUCUCCGAGCUCCGCGGCGCCCUCCGCCUCUCCCAGGCUUGAGCCCAGAGGGAGGGAAGGAAAAUAAAGAAAAAAAAAAACGAUAUGAAAAAAAAUAAAGGAUUUGAACGGUUUGCUGGUUUUUUUAAUUAAUUUUCUUUCAUUUUCCGCUGCAAAGGAGACCAGGGGAGAGGAGAAAAGAAGGCUUUGUAUUUGAGAUAAGAGGAAAGGAAAUGGUUCACAAUUCCUUUUCUGA